CUACAAAAAUUUCUCUCCGGUUUCAAACGACAACAAAAUUUAGAGAGAGAGAGAGAGAGAAAGCAGAAAAAGGAAAAAACUUUCAACUUUAACCGAACAAAAACGAGUUAUCAAAAGUGGGAAUUGAGAAUUUUUUCCCUUUGGAUUCCUUCGCUUUGAUCACUUUGCAACUUCCUCAGCUUUUGUUCGUUCAAUCUCUGGUUUCCCUCUUCAAAUUCAAAGCCACUAGAGUUCACCUGCGUCACUCUCCUCUUCUCAUUUUAUUGUCAACUAUUCCUUGUUCUAGUUUCUCAUUUUGUGUUUAUUUUUAGGGAUACGAAGUGGGUUGGGUUUGGUUUGCCUUUUUUGGUAGAGAAAUUAAGGUAGUUGUUGGUGGGUGGGUCUUACGUCUUUUUCUGCUCUCUUUCAUUUUCUUGUUGAAGGUGACUGAGGAUUUUUGUUGUGUAAUUGAAGAUUAGAUUUGAAGUUAUUUUCUUUCUGUACCUGUGGAUUUGAGCCAACCCAAGAGGGAUCUGUAAGAUUGUGAUUGCCAUAAAACCUCCCUUUUUUGGUUUGUAUUUACUUAUUCAGUGAAACCUUUUCCACGCGAUAGGUAGCCUGUUGUUUUGUAAUUUUGUGAACUGUUAUUUAGAUAGGAAUUGUUGUUCUGUGGGGUUGGAAGAUCUAUCAGCUAAGUGUAGUGAUGUGUGUUCACAAGCAACAGUUUAGGCUUUAUAUUUGUUUGCUUUGUAUUGCCAAAUCUUAGGUUCAUUUCACCUGCGGAGGACGAGGGGGAGAGAGAGGGAGAGAAAUUAGAAAGAGUGGGGAUAAUACCUAUCUGACUACUGUGGAGAUCUGGGACUUGCUUAUAGCCCCAUGAGGUCUUCCUUUACCUCUGAGUCCUGUAAAGAAUCACAGCUCAAUUCCUUAAAUCCACAGUCAUGGCUUCAAGUUGAAAGAGGGAAGCUUUCCAAAUUAUCCUUCCAGUCUUCUACCUCUCCUACUUCUUCUUCACCAUCCAUAGAAUCAUUUAUCAAGGUCCCUGAACCACCUGUGCAACCAUUCUUUAAACCUGGUGAUUAUGUAGAAGUUUUAGCUCAGAUUCAUGAAGAACUUGAAUCCUGUUCUCCGCAAGAGAGGUCAAAUCUCUAUUUAUUUCAAUAUCAACUGUUUAAAGGCCUUGGUGAAGCCAAAUUGAUGCGAAGAAGUCUCCGCUCAGCUUGGCUGAAGGGCAGCACUGUGCAUGAGAAGCUUGUAUUUGGGGCAUGGUUAAAGUUUGAGAGACAAGGAGAGGAGCUUAUUUCGGAUUUGCUUGUCACAUGUGGUAAAUGCGCACAAGAGUCCGGUCCAAUAGAUGUUUCCUCCGACCUUGAUAUUGAUACAAGUUCAAGUUCCCGUGAGACAGCUUCAAUGAUGAAUGGCAGCCAUAUUUUAAGAAGUGUCUCUUUUAAAAUUGGAGAUGAGAAAAUAGUUUGUGACAGACAGAAAAUUGCCAGCCUUUCUGCACCAUUUCAUGCCAUGCUUAAUGGAUGUUUCUCUGAGUCACUUUGUGAACACAUAGAUUUAUCUGAAAACAACAUAUCGCCUCUGGGUUUUAGGGCAAUAAGCGAGUUCAGCAUAACUGGUAGUUUGAAUGAAGAAUCUCCAAAUGUAUUGUUAGAAAUGUUGAUUUUUGCAAAUAAAUUUUGUUGUGAAAGGCUAAAAGAUGCAUGCGAUAGGAAACUUGCAUCUUUAGUGUCUUCCAGAGAUGAUGCUGUAGAGCUCAUGGAAUGUGCCCUUGAAGAGAACUCUCCUGUCCUUGCUGCAUCAUGUUUACAAGUUUUCUUACAGGAUUUACCUGAUUGCUUGAACGAUGAUCGGGUAGUGGAAAUUUUUAGCCAUGCUAAUAAACAAGAGAAAAUGAUCAUGGUUGGGCCAGCCUCAUUUUCAUUAUAUUGUUUAUUAAGUGAAGUUGCUAUGAACCUUGAUCCACAGUCCGAUAAAACAGCUUGUUUUCUGGAUCAGUUGGUAGGGUCAGCAGAAACUAACCGACAGAAGCUGUUGGCUUUUCAUCAAUUGGGAUGUGUACGGCUCUUGAGGAAAGAGUAUGAUGAAGCUGAGCGUCUUUUCAAGGCAGCUUUGGAUGCUGGCCAUAUAUAUUCUGUAUCAGGCUUGGCUAGGCUGGGUCGCAUCAGAGGUCACAGGCUUUGGGCUUUUGACAAGCUCAGUUCUGUGAUUUCAUCUGGUACUCCACUUGGAUGGAUGUACCUGGAGAGGUCCUUGUGUUGUGAGGGUGAUAAGAGGUGGGAAGACCUUGAAAAAGCAACUGAGCUGGACCCAACCCUAACUUACCCCUACAUGUAUCGGGCUGCUGCUUUGAUGAGGAGACAGAAUGUUCAAGCUGCACUUGCAGAAAUCAAUAGAAUUCUUGGUUUUAAACUCGCAUUAGAAUGCUUGGAGCUCCGGUUCUGUUUCUAUCUAGCUCUUGAGAAUUAUCAAGCAGCAAUUUGUGAUGUUCAGGCAAUUCUCACGCUCUCCCCUGAUUAUAGGAUGUUUGAGGGACGGGUGGCAGCAUCCCAACUCCGUACCCUUGUGCGUGAGCAUGUUGAGAAUUGGACAACAGCAGAUUGUUGGCUGCAAUUGUAUGAUAGGUGGUCUUCAGUUGAUGAUACAGGGUCCCUCUCAGUCAUAUACCAGAUGCUUGAAUCUGAUGCAGCCAAAGGUGUUCUAUAUUUCAGGCAGUCUUUGCUUCUCCUUAGGUUGAACUGUCCUGAGGCAGCCAUGCGGAGUUUACAAUUAGCCCGUCAACAUGCAUCAACUGAACAUGAACGUCUAGUUUAUGAAGGUUGGAUCUUGUAUGAUACGGGUCAUUGCAAUGAAGGGCUUCAAAAAGCUGAGGAGUCUAUCAACAUCAAGAAGUCAUUUGAGGCCUUCUUCCUUAAAGCCUACGCAUUGGCUGACUCCAGUCUGGAUCCAUCUUGCUCUUCAACUGUUAUUUCCUUGCUUGAAGAAGCUCUCAAGUGCCCUUCGGACAGAUUGCGCAAAGGCCAGGCACUCAACAAUCUUGGAAGUGUCUAUGUCGACUGUGGGAAAUUAGACUUGGCAGCUGAUUGUUACAUCAAUGCCCUUAAGAUCAUGCAUACCAGAGCACACCAAGGACUUGCUCGAGUACAUUUCCUAAGAAAUGAAAAGACUGCUGCAUAUGAGGAAAUGACGAAACUGAUUGAGAAAGCCCAAAACAAUGCAUCUGCCUAUGAGAAGAGGUCGGAGUAUUGUGAUCGGGAACUUACGAAAGCAGACCUUGAGAUGGUUACGCGAUUAGACCCCCUUCGAGUAUACCCUUACAGAUACCGAGCUGCAGUGUUAAUGGACAGCCACAAGGAGAAAGAAGCCAUUGCUGAACUAUCGAGGGCAAUUGUAUUCAAAGCAGACCUUCACCUUCUACACUUGCGGGCUGCUUUUCAUGAGCACACUGGUGAUGUAUUGGCUGCUCUACGUGACUGCCGUGCUGCUCUCUCUGUGGACCCAAACCAUCGAGAGAUGCUGGAACUUCAUAACAGAGUGAACAGCCAUGAGCCCUGAAUUCACAAGGACCCAGAAUCAUCGAAUGCAUAUAAUACUACCAAGCAUGUUAACGUCCGUGUCACAUUUUUUUUUCUUUUUUUUUAGUAAUUAAUGCUUUUACAUUUUUGUAAUUUGAUUUAA